UGUAAUUCAGCGUGUUGUUCUUGUUAUUUGGCAGCAUGAGGUUGUUGAUCAUUGCAGCUGCCUCUCUGGCAGUGGUGAGCUGUGCCAGCCUCUCUCUGGAGGACCUGGAGUUCCACGCAUGGAAACUCAAGUUUGAGAAAUCCUAUAGCUCACUUGAGGAGGAGGCCCAUCGUAAAAACAUCUGGCUCUCCACCCGCCGCAAGGUCCUGACCCACAACAUCCUGGCUGAUCAGGGCAUCAAGACCUACCGCAUGGGCAUGAACCAGUUCUCUGACAUGAACAGUGAGGAAUACAGUCAGACUGUCCUUAGAAGAAGCAUGAUCCCCUCCAAUGAGACCAAAGCUAUGCCCCACCGAGGCACAAUAACCUCCAAACCUAAAGGGGGCGCUGCUAAGCUGUCAACCUCUGUGAACUGGAGGGAUAAUGGCUGUGUUACACCUGUCAAAAACCAGGGGAAGUGUGGGUCCAGCUGGGCCUUCAGCACAACAGGUGCGCUGGAAUCCAACUACUGCAUACAAUAUGGGCACCUGCCCUCUCUGAGUGAACAGCAGCUGGUGGACUGCUCUCGGUCCUAUGGAAACAAGGGCUGCAAAGGAGGUCGGAUCGAUCCAUCAUUUCAGUAUGUCAUUGAUAACGGGGGGAUAGAGACAGAGGCCUAUUACCCCUACGAGGCAAAGGAUGGAUCCUGCCGCUUUGAUCGCUCUGGUGUUGCUAUCACCUGCAGUGGAUAUUCUGAUUUGACGCCCAGGGGUGAUGAAUCGGUACUCCAGUGGUACGUGGCCAAUGUGGGACCCAUGUCUGUUGCCGUCGAUGCUGAUGACCACUUCCAGCACUAUGGAUCUGGUGUCUUCAAUGACCCUUCCUGCAGUAGCAGUCAUAGCAACCUUGCUGUGUUGGUGGUGGGCUAUGGAACUGAAGGUGGUCAGGACUACUGGUUGGUGAAGAACAGCUUUGGCGUUUCUUGGGGAGAGCAAGGCUACAUCAAGAUGUCCCGGAAUCGGGGCAACCAGUGUGGCAUUGCAUCUUAUGCCUCUUAUCCUAUAGUCUGAUGAGGUCAACCAGAGACAAUUAGACGACAAGAUGACUAGACACCUCACUGAUCUUUUCUUACUAUGCACUUUCAAC